AAAAAUCGGAAAAUAGCAUACACUUUUUCUUCAGUGCUUUUUACUAGCGAAGUCAACAAAUGUCAUUUGAAUAUUUUGCCGGCGUUUGUAUUUACGUUUCAAAAAUGGAUGGGCUUAGUGGCGAAUAUGUUGAUACCGAAUAUCUGGAUGAUUUUGAGAACGCCAAUCUGGACCAGCUGUCAUCGAUAAGCUACCGGGACGAACAUCCCGUUGAGGAGCUAUUCCAGCCUGAAAAUCAUCAGCACAGCGGCAGCGGGAACGCACUUGAUCCGGCAAAUGAAAUUACUGAGGAACAGAUAGAGCCUUCGGGAAGUGGAUUUGUGAUUGCUUCGCACCAUCCGGAAGACCAAAAUCUCUCUGCAGAAAGUGAUCCAUUGAUUGACGAAACUGGACAUGGUGUUGCAAAAGACAAGUUUGAGGACUGUCUGUUUUUCUUCAAAGCAACGUUUCACAGGCGCCUUUAUCGUAAUCAGUUGCGUCCUCGUGAAGUGCUUAAGCGAGACGUUGGUGCCAAUUCGGUCCCAGAAUUGUUGAAUUUGCUUUGGGCUGUAUCAAAAAAGUACGUACAUCGACAAGUCGUAUUCAACAAUGAAGAACCGCGUUGGUCUGAUAAGGUGGAGCCUAGCCAGGAAGAUCUUUCGAGUUUUGUGACACUGCAGGAUCCAUCUAAGCGAAAAACUUACCUUGUGAAUAGCCUUACCCCACGAGUGAUAACGACAUGGCGAGGUAGAUGUAUCAAGGUACACAUUUAUGUGUAUUCAACAAGUUUGGAAACAAACACACAAUAUCAGAGCGUGUUACGUAUUCUCACGGCCCCUCGUAAUGCAGACCGCGCGGGUGCACAUUCAACGAAAGAUGAUACCAUGGUAGCGAAUGAUCUUCGUGAAAGUCACAAAGUCCUUGAAGGACAUCACAGCUCUUGGCUUUUAUGGGCAAAUUUUAUCAACUCUUCGCCAGCGCAUAAGCACGAACAGCUCAAGAAUGCGGCAUCGCCGCCAAUAGAACUGGCAAAGUAUUUCAGAUGGACAGGAGUGUCUGAAGCGGCCAGGCUUCAGUCAGUACAUCGGGGAAUGAACGUUGCAAAUACUGUGAAUGAUGGAUGGAUGAAUGAAAUUAGAGUGAUCAAGAAGGAUUUAACCCUGGCAAUGUCCAUCUUACAAGGAGUCGCACAAAGGAUUGACGCAAUGGAACUCCGGGGAUCGGUAGGUGCUGAGCUGUUUACUGCUAUGGAAGCCGCUGUACGUCCAGAGGAAUCAGACUUAAGUGUUAUGCUUGCUGCAAGAGUGACCGAUUGUGAAGACAAUUGUUUGUAA